UGUCUACUGAGCUCUUUAAAGAGCAAAGUGCAACUGCAGAGCAGAGCGACUCAACAGGGCAAACUGAAGGACAGGAUUUUUCUGGUGAAUUUCAGAUUCGGAAGCAAGAAUGUCUCAAACAGCUUUACCUGUGAACUCUUCAACACUCGUCAUCCAGAUUCAACAACCAACACAAACAACAUCCGUUGGGACUGGGACAAAUGCUCCUUUGCCUGUUUAUGUCCAAACGGUACCAGGGGUUUUUCCUCUUCAUAGACUUCAUGAAUUUAUGAAAGGCCAACCAAAAGCCCUUGGGACUGUCCAGAUAAUGAUUGGUGUGUUGGCUUUCCUGUUUGGGAUCGUGUUGACACUUCAUGCAGAAUCCAUCUUUGUCUAUAGUGGUGUUCCCUACUGGGGAUCGCUCAUCUACAUUAUUGCAGGCUCACUCUGCGUUGCUGCCGAAAACAAACAUAAUUUACCCUCCGGUUUGUGUUUGGUGAAAGGUUCACUUGGAAUGAACAUUUUCAGUACUAUAAUUGCAGCCACGGCCAUUGUUAUAAUUUCAUUGGAUUUGGCUCUAGGACCACUAUGCAAUUAUGAUUGUUAUGAUUAUGGUGGAAAGUACAGGACCCUCUUUUGGGGAAUCAGUAGUGUAAUGCUGAUAUUCACCUUGCUUGAGUUUAUCAUCUCCAUCUAUCUGUCAGCAUUUGCCUGUAAAGUCACCUGCUGCUGUUCUUCUCCACAGGUGCCGCAUGCGCAAGUUCUACCUCCACAGCCCUGUGGUUUUAUGCCCUGUCAAAAUAUUAACAGCUCAGAGAUAUCUGUGGUCAGCAACCCUUCCAUGCAUCACCCUCCCACAGAAAAUCCUCCAGAAUACAGUGAAUGUAAAAAAAUAUGAGUAGUUAAAAAAAUGGGGGUUCCGGCAGUGAUGUACUCCUGCAGUUGUGCGUGAUGCUUUCGUGGGAGGCAGGGGCUUCCCACUGAUAUCCUGACCCUUAAUGCUAAUAUCAUGUCAUUAGAAAAGCAACCAUGAAAGAAAUCACUUGAUCAGAUAAUAAUUGCAUUUUUUUUUAAAUCACAUGUGUAAACAACUUUUCAAUACACUAAAAGAUGCUAUUUAGUUAAGAAUAAAACAAUGUUUACAACAACAGCCUGGCAGGACAAUAUCAGUAUCCUUGAGGAAAUACAUAUGAUUAAAACUUCAUUAAAACAGGAAAAUAUGUUUCUUAAACAUGGGUGAUGGAACUGUGUCAUUAACUGUGUUAAUAGCCGUUCUUUUUGCUUGUUAAAUAGAUAUAAACAUAUAUAAAUGUUUUAACAGACAUUAUGUUAGAACUAAGUUAGAACAAACAGUUUUGUAUUGUUUUAAUCAUGUUAACCCAAAGUGUCAUGCAUUUUAUGAGAACUGUCCUUACAGUACAUCAUGUAGAGAACUCAAGAAACAUGAAUUAUAAUAUUUACACCCUGGUAGAUAGACUAAGGCUCUGGACUGAACGGGAGAAACGGCUUCUAAAGCCUACCUCAGCUGGGCUUUUGGGAUGGGCAUAAGUGACGUGAUGUUUUAAUGACUUGAUGUUUUUAAUAAUGUUUGUAGACUCUUUAUUAACAUUAAUUAAGAGUAAAAGAGCAAUUUGAUUUAUGUGUUUUGGAAUGAGGUAAACAAGAACAUAAUUUUGUGGCUGUUAAAUGUAUUGUCUUGCCUGAUUCUUAACCAGAGGGUGCUUUGCAUUUCCAGUCUCCAGCGUUUCUAGUCAAAUUAGUGUAUAUUCUGAGCUGAUAAUCUAAUAUUAAACCUAUUAAAAUCUUUUUAAAAAGCA